AUGGACUCGACUAGUAUCAAUCGAGUCUUCCGCCGCGAUGCUUGCGCUGGCCGUGUUGCCCUUGUAACAGGUGGUGGUUCCGGUAUUGGUCAAGAAAUUGCACUAAAAUUAGCUGAAUACGGUGCCAAAGUCGCAAUCUUUGGCCGUCGAGAGACCGCUCUACAGAACACAAUGGACAUCAUGCGCAAAUGUGGCGUGUCUGAUGAUGCCUGUAUGUUUGUACAGGGAGACGUACGCUCCACCGAGAGCGCAGACAAUUGCGUGCAGCAGGUUGUGGACCGUUUCGGCAAACUCGAUGUGCUCGUCAACUCGGCGGCUGGUAAUUUCUUGGCACUGGCCGAGAAGAUGUCGACAAAUGCCUUCCGUACUGUGAUGGAAAUUGACACCAUUGGCACAUUUAAUAUGAGUCGUGCGGCCUUUGAAUGUUUAAAGACAAGUGGGGACGGACGCAUUGUUAAUAUUACGGCUACGCUGCAACUUCCAGCGACGUGGUACCAGGUGCACGCUUCGGCUGCGAAAGCGGCGGUAGACAGCAUUACCCGUUCACUGGCUUUGGAGUGGGGGCAUUUUGGGAUUCGUGUCAUGGGUGUUGCACCGGGUCCAAUUGCGAACACAACGGGUACGGCAAAGCUGGCAGGGAACAUUGACCCUGAAGAGAGGGAGAAAUCUAUAGCCAACACGAUCCCAGUGGGCCGCGUUGGGUUUAAGACGGACAUUGCAGCUGCAGUGCUGUACUUGGUGUCGCCCGUGGGGAACUUUGUGUCGGGAAGUAUCUUGAUUGUAGAUGGAGGACACUACCUGUACAAGAAACCCAUGAUGCCCCGUGAAACGCUCGAGGUCUGGUCCAAGAAGAUGGAGAAGAAAUCGCGCGUCACAGUCGACUCCAAGUUGUAA